ACCGUUCACCUUUAGCAGUUAGCUUCUUACAUUAACAUGGCAUCGUUUAUCAUAAAACCUGCUCACCUCCGUUGUGUUGUAAGGACAUGUAGGUUCUUACGCGAGCCUCAGACAAGAAACACAUUGUGUUCAAGCAGAAGUUAUGCCACUGAAGAAGACAACAGGGGACCCAAAAUAUACACCAAAACUGGAGACAAAGGUUUCUCCAGCACAUUUACAGGAGAAAGGAGGCCAAAGGAAGAUCAUAUUUUUGAAGCCUUGGGAAAUACAGACGAGCUGUCAUCAGCUAUAGGCUUGGCUAGAGAAUUUUGCCUUGACAAAGGUCACACCUUCACAUAUCAGCUGGACAAGAUACAGUGCAUUUUACAAGACGUGGGCUCCAAUAUCGCCACUCCUCAAUCAUCUGCAAGAGAAAGCCACAUAAGUAGAACAAAAUUUGCAGCUCAGCCAAUUUCAGACCUGGAGACCUGGAUUGAUACGUUUACUGAAGAACUGCCACCACUGACCAACUUCAUUUUACCUUCCGGAGGGAAGGGCAGCGCAGCAUUGCACUUGGCUCGGACAGUGUGUCGGAGAGCCGAACGCAGUGUUGCUCCAAUUGUGCGAUCAGGCGAGGCAGAUCCAGAAGUGGCCAAGUUUUUGAACAGAUUGAGCGACUACCUGUUCACUGCGGCCAGAUAUGCAGCCAUGAAAGAAGGCAGUGUGGAGACUAUCUACAAAAGACCUGAAUAACCAGGUUCUCACAUGAAGAAUAGACGUAGAUCUAUUUUGUUAUUGUGGAUGGUUGAUGUUGCAGAGAUUUCACAGUUUAUUGAUUAAUUGAUGAAUAAUUUCCAACAUCUUUUUGUUACCCUGAUGCAACUUUCUUAUUAUUAUAAUGUGGGAACAUAAGCAGUAAUAAACCUCACAGUG